CCAUCGGCUUUAGUGCAGCGAUAGAACAGUUUUCAUUGGUAGAGACUAUAUUGUUUUUCCCAAUCGGAGUAGUUGUUUUGCAAGAGUCACAAUGUCCACCAGGAAGUGAAAAUGUUUACAACGCUUCAAGUAGUUUUCGAUGCAUUUUUAAAAUAUCAGUUUGACUAACACGUUUUAUAAACCGAGUUGCUGUUGAUUUGCCAUUCUCAAGAUGUAUAGCGGACUUUUACCGAAAGGUCUGAGCGAUGCAGAAAUUAGUUCAGAUGAUGAGGACGAUCAAGGACAAAGUGUAGUUGCAAAUCAAGAAAAAACGUUAGCCUCAAACAAAUGUCGUGCAGUUGGACUUUCGCGUGGUCUUAAGGAAAACGUUGGGACACUUGUAGACACAAGUUCUUCCCAUAUACAGCCCGUCGUAGAACAUGACAAGUCGUUGGACUGCUUACCCGGGGUUUCCGAGGAGAAGUGGCAAAGAUUUAAAGAGCUACAGAAGAAAAAAGAUGAGAUUAAGAAGAUGAAGCUCCCCAAAAAAAGACAGCGGGGAAAACGACGACAUAAGAAAGAUGAUGAAUCAGGGACUAAGAACAUGGAAUCAAACAAUGAAAGAGAGCCUCAAGCUGAGCAUGACAAGCAUUGGGAUGGGCUGACGCAGUACUUUGGCAUCAAUGAUAGAUUUCAACCCCCUGCCUGUUACAAGCCUGCUCCCAAGUCCAGCUUAGAAAAGAGCAUAGAGAGCGCCAUCGCUGAAGGGGACUUUGGGAAGGCGGAGGAGAUGAGCGACAGACUCGCCACUCGAGAGCUGGCCGUGAAAAUCGCUCAAGCCGCCGAUUGCCGUGACUUUGUGCAAAGCAAACAGGAAGCGGAGGCUUCUCGGGCAGCCCAGAAAAGGAAGACGCAAAUCGCUUGGGGGUUUGAAGCCAAGCAAAGAUGGGAAACCAAAAGCAACAUGGGAUAUAUGUGACAUAAACCCAGAAGAGAAAGAAAAUUAAAUUUUUGAUGUAACUUCUCAGUUAAUUUAAUAACGUUUGUUAGAAAAGAUGUUUGUACCUGUACAAUUUUGAGAGGAAAUGUCAGGAUACUGUACAAAACAAUAACAAUUAAAAAACAAAGCCUGUAUAAGAUGAGAAUUAUUGUAUAAGAUGAGAAUUAUGGACUGUUCAAAUGAAUUCUCUGAGCACUCCAUGGUGGCUGCUGUGUGUGCGCUAUUUUCCAUUUACAUUUCUGUGAUUUGAGCAUUUUGAGCCUUUUUCCUUCCAAUUAAAUCUGGUGUACAUUACUG